UUAUCUGGUCGAUAUCAGGUUGUAGACGCGUGAAACGACUUAUCAGAUAGUCGCCCCAGAAUAACAUCAUUUAGGGUGGCAAACAAACAUUUAUCUUUCAGCUCAAAACAGGGAUGUCGAAGUCAAAAUCGAAGGACGGGGCAUUCAGCCGAAUUUACAAAAAAACUGAAUUCGAUGAGCUACUGAUUAAACUUGGCGGAUGGUCAAGAUUUCAGCAAAUUCAGUGGGUGCUUAUAUUCCUUGCCACUAUCCCACAGGCCUGGUAUACAUAUGCUCCAGCAUUUGCUGCCCGUAAGCCAAAAGAUCGCGACUUCUUUUGCCUAGACAACGCAGAUAUUCGAGGAAAGGACUUUUGUGCGGCUUGGGAAAACAGUACAGUUUGUCGGAAAGUUGGAUAUGAAGUGACAUUUUCGUCCAUCGUUACAGAGUGGGAUAUUUUGUGCGAUGACGCCAAAAAGUACGUUCCACUUACAAAGACUAUCUUUUAUGCGGGUAAGCUGUUUGGCGCUUAUUUCUUCGGCUGGGUGUCUGACAGGUAUGGACGCCGUACAACUUUCCUUAUCACCAUGCUGGUGCAGUUUAUCGCCUCUCUGAUUGAGAGUUUCUCCACCAACUUCAUUAUGUAUGUCAUCCUGAGGGUUCCCCUUGGGGUCUGCAGUGGAGGCUGUCUGAUAGCAGGCUUUCUGCUGAUGACUGAGAUGGCCACACCCGAGUGGAGACGUUGGGCGAACUGUUUAUCACAAGGAGCCUAUGGAGUUGGGAUUGCUGUGCAAGCUUUGAUUGCGUAUUUUGUCAGAGGCUGGAAACCGUUCAGUUUGGUUAUAACGCUUCUAAAUGUGCCUUUCAUCGCGUUUUACUGGUUAAUUCCUGAGUCUCCUCGUUGGCUUUCCGCUAGAGGAAGAGUCAAGGAAGCAGAAGAGAUCUUGCGUAAGAUCGCAAGGAAGAAUGGAUUCGAGUAUCCUGAGGGAGCAAUACAAAACAUGCAAGAUCCAAGCAAGGAGAGUGAACAAACGAUGACAUAUCACUUUUGGCAUCUGUUUAGCACCCGAUACUUGGUGAUAAUCACUUUGGUUGAAGGGUGGUCUUGGUUAGUUAAAACGGAUACUGAUUGCAUCUCACUUACUUUUCUCUUGAAAAGUGUGACAAGUAUUGGGGAAAGAGUCUGUGUAGGAGAUCGUUUGAAUCAUGGGAUUGAUUUAUAAGGAGUGAAAACAGCGAAAACUUUGCCGAAUCAAAAGUAUUACUACUUUUAUAAUUUGUUUUAAUCUUAACGAUUAUGUCAAGUUGUACAAGGUCAUGUCUCGCGGUUUACUUAUUUACUUGGUUUAGCGAUUUAUCAUCGAUUGAUUAAUAAAUUCAUUAAUUUUCCUAUCAACAUGUGAGUAAUUUAUACAGCCAAUAUUAUAUCUAACAAUUAGUAUAUACUAAAACAGUGGAUAGCGUUGAAGGCGCGCUCUGAUUGGCUAGUCAAACUCCGA